AUGACCCCCAAGUUCCUUCGGGGUCCCUGGCGCCUCCCUCGGCUCAGCGACGAAAGAGGCAGUGGGCGACGAAAGCAAAGACAGGCUGCCUGGGCUGCCGAUAUAGGCUCAUUCACCGACAAUGCUGAUUUAUUCCCGACCAGAAUUCAUAAUGAGGGGAUGUGGUUCGAUACGUUCCCUCACCAGCAAGUUGGUGAUCUGGACGAGCGGUUCUUUAAUGAGAGCAAAGGCACAGAAAAAUACCAGCAAAAGCGUCAGGCAAUGGAACUGGCCACUUAUGCCAGUGCUGGCCCUUGGUACACGGAAUCCUUUUCGGCUGGCCCCGUACCCGUAUGGCUCAUUCCUGAAGGAUGGGCGGCCUUUGAAGCAGUGCAUUUCUAUCUGAUGGACACCGAUCUCGCCGACAGCACGCACAGGGCUUUGUGUCGAACGGAGCCGUAUAGCCCGUCCAAUGACAUCAUUGUUGCCAAUUCUCUUUGCAUGCGACUAUCACACAUUGCUGGGGUUGAAAACACCACACCGAAACCCACGCCAUCCUCGGUCCACCUCUGGGUCCGCCUUGGAGAUCUAUUGAACACUUCGGUCAGAACAUUAAGCCGGCAGAUAACUGAUGUAGAAAAUGUGGUACAAAACAAAGUUCUGCAAAGGAUUUGCGACAUGACAGGCAUCGAGGAAUAUCUCAACCUAGCUGGCGGACGAGCUCAUCUUCGCGGAUUUUUGGCUAUUUUGAGGCUAUGUGGUAUACCCAUCGACCUUGCAAAGAAGCAGACAGGCCUUGGAAACGCGAUCCACUGCAUGACUCUUUGUGGCGUGCUCUCGAAUACGGUGAGCAGUUACGAAGCCAAGCUUGACGAAAUUCGUGCGUUUAGCGACGUAGAGCUGAUGGACAUGUACUGCUUCACUUUGGAGAACAAUUUUCCUUGUCCGAGUUAUCUUUGGGCCCAGAUACUCGAGAUUUCGAGAUUAAGAACCAUGGCUGCCACAGGCUCUAGCGCCGUUGUUCUGCUGCAACAUGCCCAGAAGAUCUAUGGGCAGGUCCAAAUUUUUUCUCCGGAGAAUUGGAAAGAGUCUUACAGUAUACCAAAGGGGCGUGUUGCGUUGCUGCUGUCGCGCAUCUUCAAGGCUGCAGUUGGCAUAUAUUGCUGCUCUUGUGUUCCAGCUUCAGUGGUCGAUGAGGACUUUGCUACAUGGAGCUCUGGCCAGGCUGCUGCGCAACGCCUCACGUUGCUUCGCCUGCUCGGCGAGGCAGUCGAGUUCGAUCGGCAGUUGAAUACUCGUAUUCUGUGGCCAAUUGCCGUUGCUGGAUACGCCGCCAGCACAGGCACGUAUUCCGAGAGAGCACUGGUCGGUCGGCUGCUAGCUGACAUGCAGCAUGAAUUCGGCUGCAUACCUCCCCGGCUGUUGGCCCGAUUGCAUUGUUUCUGGAUGUUGGGCUCAGGUUCAUGGGACGAUUGCUGGAAUGGGCCAUUCACGUUUCUACCGUGA